ACACGAACCCAAGAAGGAUAUUUUGGUUAGAGUCGGUUUAGAUGAAGGUUACAGAAAAAAAAAACAACAAUCUAGGGCGUAUACGUAUCAAAUUUUCAUUAGUGUCACAAAGCAUAUUUAA